ACGAUGCCAAACGCCCUCGUCAGCUGGUUCAGGCGCCGACGCGUCGCAAGGAGCAAUAGGAAACGAGCGUCGUCGGGAUCAUCGUUGACGCUGCCGCCGCUGCUCAUCAUAGACGAUCCCCCGAUCCCGCCUCACCCACGGCUGCCCUCCCAGCGCAGAGGCCGCCUCACGCCCACCCCUUCCCACGAGAGCCUCGUCGCGGCCACCAAUGCCGCCACCGCAGACAGCCCCUUCUUCACCAGGCUGCCGCUGGAGAUCCGGCGCAAGAUCCUGGUCGAGGCCUUUGGCGCGCAGACGGUCCACAUGGACCUCAUCUACGACCAUCCGGCGCAGCAGCAGCAGCAGCAGCCGCUCCAGGGCGUACUCCGGCCACGGGCGCACGGCAACCUCAGCGUCAGGCUCAGCACGGGCGUGUGCGACGCCAGGAACCUCCGGCUGGACGACUCGCGGCCCAAGGAAUGGGCGUGGCGGAGCUCCGUCUGCCACCGGAAUCCGCCGGGCCGGUGCCGUCCCGGCGAGGAGGUCCAGCCGGCCGAGGACUACUGCCGGUUCGGCCAGUCGCCGUGGCACUACACGUGUCGCCACUGGCCGGGCGAGUUCCCGACAAAGUGCCUCGUUGGCGCCAUGGGGUGGCUCUGCAGCUGUCGCCAAGCAUAUAUCGAGGGCAUUGACGUCUUGUACGCCACGAACACGUUCCACACAGCCAGCAAGGAAAUGAUCCUCAGCCUCUCGUCCAUCCUCCUCCCGCAGCGCCUCGCCAGCAUCACGUCGGUGGAGCUCCUGUGGGACUUUGCGCCCUUCCCCAGCAUCCACCCGGAGGUCGUUAAGCCGCCGCUGUCGGACAUGGCUAGCUUCCGCCUCUUCCUCGACGCCGUCCCGGCCACCUUCCCCGCCGCCCGGAAGCUGCACAUCUCGCUGCAGGGGCGGCUGUACCCGACCCGGACGGUCAACGGGCUCACCCGCUGGGACAGCAGCGUCGACCGCACCGACGAGAUCCUGCGGCCCGUGGACGACCUGGUGUCGAGGCUGGGGCCGCACGUGACGGACUUUUCGCUGGGCAUCCCGAGCUCUUUGUAUCAGGACCAGAGAGACAGGGCCUUGAAGAACGGCGACCCCGUGGAGCAGGCUCACAAGGGUCGACAUGAGCGGCACUGGCGGCCGCUGGAGGGCGACGGCGAGAGGAGGACGGGGUACUGGGUCUGGUUGGGCAAGAAGGACUUUACGAUUCCGUAUACCUGUUCGAUAGGAGAGGGUGCGCAUGAUGUUAUCGGGGAAGAGAACUGGGUGCUCUACAGAGUCUCGCCUUACUGA